AGUUUCCUUGCCGAACCAAACUCUCCUGAUUUCGUGAGCAUUCAGGAACCUAGUUUAGCGUUUCUCAUCCUUAUAACCCCUUCUCAAUCAUAACUUUUUGGAAUACGGAAUACCCAAAACUUAUUCUUCUCAUCAAUUAUCGUCUUCCGCAAGUUUGAAGGUUUUUCUGUUGUUGGAGAGAGGUCAAAGUUCAAGUCUUUCCAUGGCUAAGAGCUUCAAGUUUGAUCAUCCUUUGGAGAGGAGGCAGUCAGAAUCUACUCGCAUCCGGGAGAAGUAUCCUGAAAGAAUUCCCGUGAUUGUUGAAAAAGCAGAAAGGAGCGACAUUCCUGAUAUCGACAAGAAAAAAUACCUUGUUCCCGCAGACCUGACUGUUGGCCAGUUUGUGUAUGUUGUUCGAAAAAGGAUCAAGCUCAGCGCCGAGAAGGCAAUAUUUGUCUUUGUUAAGAACAUGCUGCCACCAACCGCUGCAUUGAUGUCUGCAAUUUACGAGGAGCACAAGGAUGAAGAUGGCUUCCUUUACAUGACUUACAGCGGGGAGAACACCUUCGGGUGCGACUAGCUAGAAAGAAGGUUAAUAAACUCUACAUGGAAACUCACAACUGUAAAUCCUUUGCUUUAGAAGAUUAAAAAAAAAAGGACCAAUUCGAUAUGGACCGUUGUAAAUCAACUCAAAACGACAAAAAAUGGAUUCACUCUUGAUUUCUUAGAAAGCUACAUUUGCUUGCACAGACCUAAUGUGUCUUUUUUGGCUUCUGGGUAUCAUAUAUUCAUA